CAAGAUUUUUGGAUUUUGAAAUAAGUGGUCCUCUCGUCUCGCAUCGAACAAAUUUGUUCGCCUGGGCCUAGCCUACUAUAGUAUUUUAUUUCUAGGCAACAAGAAAGCCACUCUCGUCAAUAAUGUGAAAUACCACUAUAAAGAAAGUUCAGAUGAGUACGAUGAUAAUUGAUCAGUGAAUUGCCAUCAACACCACACUGGAAGAACAGUUUCAACCUGAGAAAACAUAUUAAGUGUACAAAGCCUUCAGAAACAAGAUGAUGCUGCUGAAAUCAACAUCAUCUGGUCGUGAUAUAAUUCAGGAGGAAAAUAUGAAUUUAUGCAGUGAAUACAAACGUGAAGUGAAUGAGAGAUUGAAGAAACAUUUGGAAGAGGUAGGAGAAACUAUGUAUGAAUGCGAGCACUGUGGAAUGAAUGUUGAUUUAACAACUUUGAAGACUCAUUUAGGAAUCAAGACACAAUUGCCAUUCCCAUGUAAGCAUUGUGAGUUGCAGUUUGAUAAAGGCAGACAUUUGGAUGAACAUCUGAAGUUCCAGCACCCAGAAGAAAUAAACCAAUCAAAUGUAAUUCCAUUUGAACAACAAUCCUUUGGGAAGGAAUAUAAAAACGGCGUUUACUUGAAGUCGCGUUUGAGUAUACACAAGGAAGAUUCGCCAUUUGAGUGUAAUUAUUGUGGAAAGAGUUUUAAACAGCGUAACUGCCUUAAAGAACAUAUGCGAACACAUACUGGAGAAUCACCUUAUGAAUGUGGAUAUUGCGGAAAGAAAUUUAAACGGAGAUACAGCCUUAAAAGACAUUUAGUAAUACACACGGAGGAAAUACUGUAUGAAUGUGAACAUUGUGGGAAGAAAUUUAAACAGCGUCAAGCCGUUAAACGCCAUAUGCGAACACAUACCGGGGAGACACCUUAUGAAUGUGAACAUUGUGGAAGGAAAUUUAAACAGAGUCAAGAUGUUAAACGGCAUAUGCGCAUACAUACAGGAGAGACGCCGUACGAAUGUGAAUAUUGCGGAAAGAAAUUUAGACAGAGUUACAGCCUCAAAAGACAUUUAUUAGUGCACACUGAAGAAAAAACUUUUGAAUGUGACUAUUGUGAAAGGAAGUUUGGUGAUCAUGGUAAUUUAAAAAACCAUUUAAGUACACACAACAUCCAUUACUCAGACCCUGCUACCACCUUGUCAACACAAUCAUUUUUGUCAUCUUCGUCGUCAUCAUCAUCAUCACCGUCAUCUUCAUCACUGUCAUCCUCAUCAUCACCUUCGUCUUCACUGCCAUUAUUUCCAUCCACGGCAGGGGAACGGUAUGGAGUCUUCAGAAAAAAGACAAUGCUGCUGAAUUUCACAUCAUCUGGUUGUGGUAUAAUUCAGGAGGAAAAUAUGAAUUUACGCAGUGAAUACAAACGUGAAGUGAAUGAGAGUUUGAAGGAAGAGGUAGGAGAAACUAUGUAUGAAUGCGAGCACUGUGGAUUGAAUGUUGAUUUAACAACUUUGAAGACUCAUUUAGGAAUUAAGACACAAUUGCCAUUUCCAUGUAAGCAUUGUGAGUUGCAAUUUGAUAAAGGUAGGCAUUUGGAUGAACAUCUGAAGUUCAAGCACACAGAAGAAAAGGUCCUGCAUGAAUGUCAAUAUUGUGGGAAGAUGUUUAAAACAAGUCGGAAAUUGUCUGGACAUGUGAAAAUGCAUCUAAAGAAAAAAACGUUUAAAUGUGAUCAAUGUGGAAAGAAAUUUAAAUACAAAGGUCUUUUGACAACUCAUUUGGAAGUACAUGCAGAUGAGUUGAGAUAUGAUGAAUGCAAAUAUUGUCAAAAGAGAUUUAGAAAAGGUGUUUAUUUAAAGUCACAUUUGAGGACACACACGGAAGAUUCACCGUUUGAGUGUAAUUAUUGUGGGAAGAAAUUUAAUCAGCGUACUAAUUUCAGCGUGCAUUUGAGAAAGCACAUUGGAGUGAAGUUGGUCAACUUGAAGCCUUUUGAAUGUGAAAAAUGUGGGAAGAAAUUUAUGCAUAACGAUGAUUUGAAGGAACACGUGAUAACAGCACACACUCAAGAGUCACCGUCACCGCAGCAUAAAUGCCAAACUUGCGGACAGACGUUCAAACGAAGGCGAUAUUUGAAGGUUCAUUUACUAACGCACGCUGGUAAGACAAGGAAUAAUAGUAGUAAAAAGUGUCCGAACGUACAAACAAGAAAAAAACAACACGAAUGUGAACAAUGUGGAGAAAAGUUUAUGAGCAUUGCUGAUGUUAAGAAACAUGUAAAAACGCAUGGAGAAGGACCGUUUGAAUGCAGUCAAUGUGGAAAGAAAUUUAAACGGCAUCACUAUGUUAAACGGCAUAUGCGAAUACAUGCUGGAGAGAUGCCUUAUGAAUGCGAAUAUUGCGGAAAGAAAUUCCGGCAGAAAUAUAGCCUUAAAAGACAUUUAGUAAUACACACGGGCGAGAGACCACAUGAAUGUGAACAUUGUGGAAAGAAAUUUAAACACCGUCAAGACUUUAAACAACAUAUGCUGAUACAUACAGGAGAGACGCCUUACAAAUGUGAAUAUUGCGGAAAGAAAUUUAGACAAAGUUACACCCUUAAAAGCCAUUUACUAGUGCACAUUGGAGAAAGACCUUUUGAAUGUAAUUAUUGUAAACGGAAGUUUGGUGACCGUAGUAAUCUUAAAAUUCAUUUAAGAAUACACAACAUCCAUAACGCAAACCCUGCAACCGCCUUGUCAACUCAAUCAAUAUUUUUAUCAUCAUCAUCAUCAUCAUCAUCAUCAUUAUCAUCAUCAUCAUCCUCACCGUCAUCUUCAUCACUGUCAUCUUCAUCACCAUCAUAUUUAUCACCGUCAUCUUUAUCACCGUCAUCUUCAUUGCCUUCAUCAUUGUCACCUUUAUCAUCACCAUCAUCUUCAUUGUCACCGUCAUCUUCAUCAUCAGGCUCAUUAUGGUCACCAUCAUCAUCAUCAUCAUCAUCAGAUUCAUAAUCAUCUUCAUCAUUAUCAUUCAUCAUCAUAUCAUCACCAUCUACAUUUUUCUGUGUAGGAGAUUCACCCAUGUAAUCAACCUUCUAAUACAUAAUAAAAUCUUUGCUAUAAAUUAUGGGAGGGGAAAUUGGGCCAUCACUGUCUCAUAUUAAGUGUGAAUAAGUAUGAUUUACUCUUUAAUUGUGCAGUCAAACAAGAAUAGUGUAUUUAUGGAGAGACAAAUAAUUAUGUAUAUGUGAAAAGAAAUGCAAGUAUAAGCAAAAUCAAGUAUUACAUAUUUGUGAUUUAAUGGAAGUGGUAAAUAUUAAGACGUUUUCUUUAAUAAUGUACUGUGUAGUACACGAGUCAACACAAUGAAUGUAAUAUUUUAAAGGGAUCUAUUAGAGUUCCUCUAUAGAUGCACAGUAGCCUCUGCCUUGAAUAUGGAAUUUAAAAAAAAUACUGUAUGUAGUUAAAAUACAAAAACAAAAUAUCACUCAUGGGUUUAUUAAACCAAAUGGCGGUGUAUCUAGGAACCUUACAAUGGGGAGGGGUUGAGGUGAAAUGAGGUUUGAAGUUUCAAGAGGGGGAACUAGCGCACAAAAAAAUGGUGAUUUUAACCUACCAUACUUCCGUGUAUUUUUUGCGUCAAACAUUUCCAGCCAAAUGGGGGAGCACAAACUCUGAUUUGGCCCGCACUCUACGCAUCCCCUAGCACAGUAUGCCAUGGUUUUAACAAAUACAUUAUGAUUGCUUCUCUCCCUAUGGCAGGGAGUUUUGCAUUUUUAUGAAGGUUUCUUUGUAAAAACUUUUUUAGUCAUUUAAAAAAAAAUGGAAUGCGAUAUUUUCUCUAAUUGAAUGUUCGUGGUUUUCAAUUUGUAAUAUUUAGUGACUGCAACAAAUAAAAUGUUUUUAAUGUGAUAUCCAUA